AUCUUCGUCAUUCUCUCCUUCCUUGUUCGAGCGCAAAUUGCUCCAAGGAAAGCUCCUGGUCUCAUCAGACACUGAUUGUUCUACCUGUGCUGAAAAUAUUUAUCAUUACAGCAACGCCGAACUUCCGUUCAUAGCCAGGGCUACUAACAGUGCAGGAUCUGGCUGAAGUGGUGGACCACGCGAUCGAUCAGGUCACCCCAGGGAUGCAGUCAAUGGCUUCCGCCUCGCUGGAAGAGGACUUCCAAAUCAUAUCGUCUCUGCGCUAUGAUCCUGCGCUUCGGAGCUUGAGCACUGAGAAAGCCGCGGACAAACAUUUCCACCCUUCCAGCACGCCAUAUUACCUGCUUCCCUACCAUCAGGCACGGCUUCGUAAUGCGGCAGAAUGCUUCGGUUGGAAGAAGGCUCUGUCAUUUCUACAAAAAGAUCUCACCCAACUCUCUGAAUACCUUGAUGCUCACAUCUUGGACAAGACGAGACCUUGGCGCAUCCGGAUUAUCAUCGAACGCACCGGAGCUUGCACUGUCGAGGUCAACCCGACAGCAUCGAUUGACCCAUUGAACAUGCUCAUCCCCAAUCGAGAACAUACACAAUCAAACCUAUGGAAUAUUUAUGUGGAUACAGGGUAUAUAACUCCAUCUGCGUUCACGAGGCACAAGACUACCGCUCGCGAUUUCUACAAUGCUGCACGGGUCAGAGCGGGGAUCAUGUCCCCGUUAGACCAGGCUGAGGUACUGCUUGUAAACCCCGAGGGUCAAGUUAUGGAAGGGAGCAUCACCACACCCUACUUCCGGCGCAGGCGACCCGUAAGUAAGGGCGAGAGCCUAGAGAGUGAUACUGAGCCAGACUGGGUCACGCCUCCCCUCUCAAGUGGUGGUAAUGCAGGCACAACAAGGCAAUAUGCGUUGGCUGAAGGGUUCUGUGCAGAGCAGAUCAUCGAAGUUGCUGACUUGAUCGAUGGCGAAGUGUGUUGGCUCAGUAACGGUGUCCGGGGCUUCAUCCGUGGUAGAAUUGUCUUAAACAGACUCGAUGAUGGGCAAGGAGUCUCGCCCACAACCACAACGCCACCCCCAGCCCAACUCCCACAAUUCACAAUCCCAUAUAUCCAUCCCAUCCCAUCAGUCGAACUUAUCAUAUCAUCUCUCAGAUCAAAUUCACACCUCAAUCAAUUCAAUGUCUCUACAUACGACUACUCCUUCCCAGCCGUGUCGCUGGCUUACUUCCUCCGCUAUCCUAACCCGUACUCUCGCCAUGUUCUAACCACUGAUGUCAUUGACCGUUAUGUCGACCCGGACACGAAACGCCUCCACACCAUUCGUCUGCACCUCAAGAAGUCUAAAGUUCCGUCGGGGAUUCUCAAGUUGCUGCCAAAGGGAAUGGGCGGCUCGGACAGUUCCGGACAGAGCUACAUCCUCGAAACGACCAUCGUUGACGUCAAUGAAGGCUGGAUGAGGACUGAGUCGCGCAACAUGGAGUGGACCGGGAUCCUGAGUGUGGUGGAAAAGCAAUUCUACCAACGUCAGCCGCUGGAGGGGGCUCUCGACCGACUUCAAGGGCUUCACCUCGACGCCAAGUUGAGCGAACAGACAACAGUCAAGACAACAGUCACCUUUCACUCCCGAUUCGGACAAGGAAAGUUACUUGGCCGGAGAAAGGCAGAAGCCGGUGAUCAAGUGGUCGAGGUCGAGGAUGAGGCUCCCAAGAGAGGCUUCUUCACGUCACUAUCCACGGCAGGCAUCCAGCGCACGAUUGAGCUAAUCGGCUUGAAUCGUACCCGGGACGCUAUCCUCAAGAGUAAACAAGGCAUGAAUGUCGUCCUGGAACGUCUGCGCAGCGGUGGCAUUGUCGGUGUCCUCGAGGGCAUGCGCCAGGAUCGGGAAGCCAUUGUCGGGCCGGAGGGUCCGUGGAAGCGCGUUUGGCUCAGAGGUAACGGGGAAGAUGAUGAACAUUGA